CUGCAGUCAACUAGUCAAGGAGGUUCGGCGUUUUUUUUAAAAAUCCCUCAUUACAGAGUGAGAUUAUUGCUGGUACCAGUGUCAGCCUUGACGUAGCGCUAUAUAGCUCAACUUUUUCCCGAUUUCCCUCUGAGCACAUCGUCCAAUUGCGACGCGCACAGCGGGGAUCGCCUUUGUUUUCCAGCAGCGCCGGUGCCAGAAUAUGGCCAAUAAUGAUGGCGAGGGGCGGGGAGCUUCGCGGUCUGCGGACCCAGAGAGCCUGAGAGUCUGGCGGGGUGCCGAGGGGAGGCAGCAGGCGGCGGCGGCGGCGGCGGAGAUGGACCUCCACCUCUGAAUCACAGCGCAGCCUCCGUUCAACCCGGGACAGCCAGUUGCGUUGUCGUGGAGGGGCUUCGCGCGCGCGCCGCUCAUUAGGACCGUGACGGCGAAGCGGCAGCGGGGGAGGUUCGCAGUUGCAUUCCGACGCUCAGCGCCGCCUUCGUCGCACCUGCACCACUGCUGAAGAGGUCCGCCGUGGAAAUCAUGCAUCCGGAGAAGUACCUGCCUGAACUGGUGGCCGAGAGGAACGGCUUGGACCCCUCCUUCGUGCACGCGGUGCGCCUGCUUGCGGAAGAGAUCGAAAAGUAUGACGGCGAGGAACUGAGAAAAGACGGGGACAUGAAGAAAUACCUUGAUAUCAUCAGCAAUAAAAAUAUCAAGCUCUCCGAACGAGUGCUCAUUCCAGUCCAACAGUAUCCAAAGUUCAAUUUUGUCGGAAAGCUGCUGGGACCUCGGGGAAAUUCCAUGAAGCGAUUACAGGAGGAAACAGGCGUGAAGAUGUCCAUCCUCGGCAAAGGCUCCAUGAGGGACAAAGACAAGGAAGAAGAGCUGAGGAAAAGCGGCGAGGCCAAAUACGCCCACCUGAGUAAUGACCUUCACGUUUUAAUUGAAGUCUUUGCUCCACCCGGCGAGGCCUACUCCCGCAUGAGUCACGCCUUGGAGGAGAUCAAGAAGUUCUUAGUACCAGACUACAAUGAUGAGAUCAGGCAGGAGCAACUGAGGGAGCUCUCGCUCCUGAACGGUUCGGAUGAGUCGAGCAGGGGGAGGAGUGCGCAGGGCAGGAGCGCACGAUCAGCAGCCACAGUAUCCACGCGGGGCCACAGAUGCGCGGCGAGGAGCGCGGCGGCGGCCCCCCGGGGGGCGGCGGCGGCGCACGGCAAAAUUCCCACGACCGCCUUGACGAGGGAGGUGCAGGCCCCGAGAUCCAGGGGGGCGGCGGGCACAGCUGGAUACCGGCCGCCGCUGUUAGCAGCCACGCACGAGUCAUACGACGACUACGGCUACGAUGACGGAUACGGGGGAGAAUAUGACGACGAGAGCUACGAAACCUAUGAGGACAACUACAGCAAUCACUCAAAGAGCAUUUCAGAAUAUUACAAAUACGGACAUGGAACCGGUGAUGAACCCUACAACGACUAUGAGGAGGAGUGGGUGGCGGCCCGUCCGAGUCUCAAAGCCCCCGUUCUACGGCUCACGAGAGGGGGCUACAGAAAACACCCCUAUGGGAGAUACUGAAGGUGCUCCAGAUAUGUGACCUCUAUUUCUAAUUUUUUUUUUAAUUCUUCAUAAAAUGUUGUAACAUUACUUUCUGUGUCUCCUGCUGAAGUUAGAAUUAAAAAAACACCCAUUUAACCUCAUAAAUCCACAAAACCUAACCUUAAUAAAUUGUUCUGACUUUUUUUUUUCAUUAUUAAAGGAAAGUCAUUUUUUGUGCAGGGAAGAGAUAAAAAAAAACUUUACUUAAUAGAAUAAUUCAUAGGUGGGAAGGUUGUUCUUAAAACACCCUUCACCUCAUUUUCCAAACAAGUAAUUGUGACAGAUUUCUGAAAUUAAAGUUUUAAAAGGGGUCAGAAUUUGACAUUUUCAUUUGUUGCCUUUAUUGUGGAUGUUUUCAAGGUCCAGACAUGUGACGAUAGGGCUGCACACAGUGUUGCACAGGUGACCACUGAUCUACUGUAUAUGAGCUCAGUUCUCUUCACUUUGGUGAAUUUACAAUGGAUUUUGUCUGACAGACACAUUUUAGACUGAGGCUGUGAUCAACUGAUGACACGCCCCAGUUUCAGCAACAUGUGCUGACCCCUAUUGGCACCACGCUCCUUUCCUACCAUGUCAUGGGCAGACCCACACAUUUACUGUUAAUCCUAUAUUUUUAUCUUCAUAUCAUUUUUCUUUCAUUAGUCUCUAUACGUAAAUUGCUAACAUGUCAUCAUGACCAGUCUGACUAAUCAAUAAUAGACUGGUUUAAAUGGGCGGACAGUGAGCGUGUGUGACGAAGAGCGUAGCACGUAGUCCUGUUUAGACUAAAACCCACGGCAUCGACACAUGCUGCCCAAUUCUAUUUCAUUAAACCUAUUCCUUCUUCUGAAUUAUUCCAUUUUUUCCCAACUUGUUAUUGAUUUUUGUUUUUGACCUCACAUAUGCAGCUAUGCAGCCGGCUGAAGGCAGAUUGGUUUCUAGACCAGGCAGCACCACAGUGCGAGUGCGACACGCUGAGUUAAAAAUGAUCCUUUUGAACCUUGGACGCCUUUUUUCCCCACAGUUCGCUGAUUGGUCUGGCUGUGGGCUCAGUCUGGUGUGAGUGGAUUUUUCCCAGGCUAAUACCUAAGAGAAACAUUUAAAAUGUAAGUGAGACAGAGCAGAUUAUUUAUGACACACGCACG